AUGUCAACCCGCUGCCGAUCAAACCCAACAUCCUCAACCCCGCUCGCAAUAGCCUUCCUCCCUCACUGGCGCUGGCUAAUCUGUCAAGCGGGCUACGCAAAUGUCCUCCCACCACCCGGGUUACGUACGGGAAAACAGAAGAGCCAAGCCGCGGACGAAGUCCCAGUCUCCUCGCCCGGGUGGAAUGGGACGGAUGGCGUUUAUGGCAUUCUUUAUGAAUUGGAUCCCGUAGAUGAGGGGGGUUUUGGAUGGGGAAGGAGGGAUUGGAAGGCGGGGAAGGGGAGGGGGGGAGGGGAGGAAGGGUUGGAUGUUUCGCCGGGGAUUCGGCCAAGGGAACAGGGUCUUGGUGCUUAUAAUAAGUGGUUUUUGGGGGCGAGGGUUGUGAAGUGGUUAGCUGAGAGUGAGGGGCAUGCACUUCGACUUCGUGCCCGGCACCAAGUUCAAAAUGAUGCUGAUGCUGGUGUUGAGGCUGGUGAUAAUGCGGGGGAGGAGGUGGAUGUUCUGGUUUAUGUUGAUGAGAAUAGGAUUGUGGUUGGGCCGCCGAAGUUGGAGUAUAUUGGGCGUAUGAAUCGGGCUAUUAAGGAGUGUGCGGAGUUGGGUGUUGAUGAGGGGUGGAUUGGGGGGGUUAUGAGGAGGUUCAUUCCUGAGGAAUGA